AUGGCUCGACAUGCAGACUCCCUGAGAAUGAGAAAGCAAAAGGCAUCUCAAGCAGUAGAGGAGCACAUGCUGCAAACUCUUGCUUCAUAUCGUGCUGAAUUAGCGCGCGCUCAGCAGGAAGGCCGGCAGGCUGUUAGGUCCCAUAUACUACAUUUCUACGGAGACUCAAGGGAGGACAGGGUCGCAAUGCAGCUGCUACUUUCUUCGACAUUUAAACUCCCAGAGCGGGUAUAUGGUGAUGGCAGAAGCCUCCAAAACAUCCAAUGGGGCCUUGCUGAGGACACGGAAUAUGAGAAGAAAACUCAUGAAGAGCUGAUUGCUGAAUUGUGUGAGACACAAGCUGCAUUUCGAAAUGCAAGGGAUUAUGUGACAAGCGCUGUUGAUGCCAUAGAUGCAACAAAUGCACAGUUAGCACUUUCUGGGAUGUACGUAUCAAAGGCUUGGACUCAGCUUCUUUCCCGUGAGGAGGGAGAGAAAAACAAGGAGGAAGGUGGUCGGAUCAAAGGUGUGUUUGGGCGCAUGGUGACACAUGAGGGAUUUAUUCAGCAGCAGAGUGAUCGAGCCAAGAAGAGGGAAAUGGAGGACGCGGUGGAGAAGGCAAAGAAGGAGGCACAGAAGGGCUGGGAGGAAUUUCAGAGACACCAGAAAGUCGGUGAGGCAGCAUGGAAAGUGCAGAAGGAACAGCUGCAAGCGCUGAAACAGAAGGUGCCAAAAAAGCCAAAAGCGGUCACAAAAAAAGACUGGAUGGCAGAAAAUUAUCCUCAGUUGGUAAUUUCGCCGUCGGAUACAGUGAAAGAGUGUGGAAAAGGAGUGGAGGAACCCAUCUGCGACGCCGAUGAGCAGUGAACGGGGAUCGAUC